CUGACCUUCGCCGUGCUAGUCGUAGAAGCAACGGUGGCGUUCAUCGACGCAGCCAACGUGGAUAGAUACAGACGUCCCUACGUAUGGAUGACGGCCUCCUUCGACUGCUUCUUCCACCUCGUCCACCUUUUACUCAUCGUGGCCUGGGCCGCCUACAUGUACAAGGACAACUACGACGGCAUGGCGAAGAGUCUGGUGGGCAUCUCAGCGCGCGUCAUGGGACUUGGCUUGUGCACCACCAUCGACCUCGGAAGGACGGUCAUCGUGAAGCCCCCGUACCUCGGUUCCCAUUUUCAAAGACAGAUCAUGCACCGGGAAAAGGCAAGUCACAACAUUUAUGAAGCAGAAAUACUUCGUUUUCUUUCCAUUUCUGUCACCCCGAUGGAACUGGUGACGGGUAAAGUUCGCCACCUACGUGGCACCACGUCGGAAUAA